CGGACAGCGGGGCCAGCCAGUGCGGGCCGCCCUGGGCCGGCGCCAGCCAAUGGGGGCCGGGCGGGCCGGGGACACCAGCGCUUCCAGGAAGCCGGCGGGGCACAGCUGGGGAGCUCGGGAGCGGAGCCGCCUGGUGCCAAGGUGACUGGACACUUCUCCUCUCUAACCAUGUGGGAUCCCAACGCAGGACAGCCUGGUGCCUACCCCGGAGCGGCCUUCCCUCCCAACCCCACGUACCCACCUGGCUCCAAUCCUGCCUACCCUCCCCCCGGGAACCCUGCCUUCCCCCCGGGCACAGUGCCCCCUGGCUCCUAUCCCAUCCCUCCAGCGGGGGUUCCAGGGCAGCCUGCAUACCCCCCCGGCCACCCCAUUCAACCCCCUUUCCCUGGCCAGCAGCCUGGCUACCCUCUGGGUCCCUACCCACCGCCUGCUCCUGGCAUGCCUGGGGGGAUGGGUAUUAAUCCCCUGAUGCCUGGGACCGUCAUGGUCGGGACCCAAGUGCUGGACAAGAAGGCGGCGAAGAAGAUGAGGAAGAAGAUGAAGAAGGCUCACAAGGUGCACAAGCCACACAAGCUGCACAAGCAUGGAAAGCAUUCCUCUUCCUCCUCCUCCUCCAGCAGCAGCGACUGACUGAGGCUUCCCUCCGCCUUCCAGCCACGCAUGCUUCCCGCAGACCAGACAGUGAUCUUCCCCUGCUACAACCAAGCCACUGGCUGACUGGACUGAUGCCAGCCACCUCCCUAACAGCCUGUAUAACAGGGCUAGGGACAGAGGCUAAAAUCCCCAGGAAAAUCUGGCACAGAACAGGGAGCCCUGGUGAGCCAUACGCUAAUCUGGAUGUCACUGAUCGGGUGAUGGAGGGCACUGGUGCGAUCAGAGGUGCAACCUUAGCAUUAAAAGCAGGUGCACUGGGGGCCAGGUAUUAAAAUGCAGGAGCCCUGUAGCAAUAUUGCAGUUGGGACUCUGAGCUUUUUUUACCUUUCAUGACAAGUCCCUUCUGGACUUAAAAAUUGGAGCCUCCCGACUCACAGCCUAUGCCCCAUUCAUGAUGCAAUUGCAGAAUAAGUCCUUGCAAAUCAAGGCAUCUGCACCAGCCGCUCCCUUCAUCCCUUGAUAUUCUGGCUCGUUCUGACUGGCCUGCAGAAAUCUGGGGAUGUUGCUGACUGGCUGAGAGGCAGGUUUGUUUUCAAAGGCAUAAGGAAGUUGGGUAUCUAAAUGACUUUGGAUAAAUCUGCCCCCAGUUGUCCAUUUUCUGGUGGGAUGUUCCUUUUGGGGCUGAGGGAGGAGGUAGUCUAUAUAGAAACUAAUUACAAAAAGUCUAUAUAGUAUGUAUAAAAACUAAUCACAGAAGUGCUUGGAAUAAUAGCUCUGAAUUAAAAUUCUGAAUGUCUCAUGUCGUAAAUGAAUGUACAUGAUCAGGGAUAACUUUAUAAGAGUUUGAAACUUGAUUUUAGUGUGAAGAUUUUUUUCCCCCUCUCCCACCUCCCUCUCUCCCCCGCUCCCCAACAAGGAUCUUGGAAGGAAAGGGUUGGAGGUGGGGGCUGGUAUUCCAAGAGGUCCCCUUGGUGGGAGGAGUAGGGGCUACCCAAAUACAGUCUGGCUGACACCGUAUAAAACAGAACAGAAUGCAGCCAUAUCUCAUCACUAACCCGAACGUAUGGCCUUAGAAGACUACAAGUCCCAGCAUGCUAUGCUCCCCACUGUUCCCAAUUGCUGGGCUGGAGCAUGGCCUGCUGGGCUCUGUAGUAUCUGCAGGCUGCCUCUUCAUGCUGAAGAAGGUGACUCAGCGCUGCAACGUGGAGCUGUGUGACAUGGCUCAGGGCUAUCUUUGGGAUGGUUUUGGAGCCCAAGCUCUGCACAUGGGCACAGAGGGGACCAAGACGGAUUUGGACUAGCCAUGACGGCUUGUUGCAUGGUGCUCCCAUGCAUACUUUAUUUUAAUCCCUCUGGCUGUGGAAGUUGUCUUCUGUACCCGCUGUAUACUUGUAUCUCUUUAUUGCUUCUCCAAUAAAGUUUUUUGGUUUUAAUACUGAA